AUGUCCUCGAUAUUCAUACCUUCCCCUUUGCCCUAUUUGAGUCCCUUUUAUGAAGACCCUCCUUCCCGUUCGCUCCCCCGCUCCCGCGACCCCCCCAAAAUUACCCAACCUGCCAGAACCAGCACUCACCGUCGCUCUCCCUCGUUUGACCUUUCAGACCACCCCGUCCUCCUUCACAUCAUGACCGAACUCGAAGAAGGAUUUGCCACUGUAACCGUUGACGCCUUGGGUAGCCCUGGCGAGGACUCCCUUGACAUCGCCAAUGAGGGCGUGAUGUCCUCUACCCCUCCUAAUCCCGCUCCCGCUGAACAACCCCCGGCCAGCGCCCCCGACGCGCCAGCCCCAAAAGUCGCGCAGGAUAAUCAGGUCAUUCCCACCGCCACCGCUCUCUCUUGUGACCAGAACUUCCCCCGUUGA